AUGGGAAUCAAAAUUGAUAUGGCCAAGGAUUUUGACAGAGUUAAUUGGGAAUUCCUUAUGCAAGUCAUGCAACAAAUGGGAUUCAGCACUCAAUGGUGCAAUCUGGUUCAUCAAUGCAUAUCCACCACCACCAUGGUUGUCUUGGUGAAUGGUUCUCCUGGAAAGUUCUUUAAACCAACUAGAGGUCUCAGGCAAGGAGAUCCAUUAUCUCCUUAUUUAUUUCUGUUCUGCAUGGAAGCCUUAUCUAGAUAUUUGACUGCUGUUGAAGCUGAGGGUCUUAUUCAUGGAACCAAAAUCUGCAGUGAAGCACCUAAUAUCAAUCACCUCCUCUUUGCUGAUGAUUGUAUGAUUUUUUGCAAAGCUAAUUUGGAAGAAUGUAACAACUUAAUCAAGAUUUUUCAAGACUUUGGGCAUUCCUCAGGACAGCUCAUAAACUUCUCCAAAUCUGGUAUAUUCUUCAGUAAGAAUACUGAUCCUAGCAUUGCUGACAGCAUAAGUGAUACUAUGAAAGUACAAAGAAUUGAUACUUCUGACAAGUACCUGGGGUCCCCCCUCUUCACCAACAGAAGCAAGAUUCAAGCUUUCAAACCUGGUGUGGACAAACUGAAGCUCAGACUGGCAGGUUGGAAAUCUACUCUAUCUACAGCUGGCAAAGUCAUUAUGAUCCAAACAGUUACCUCAACAUCUAGCAUUUAUCAAAUGAAUUGCUUCAAACUCCUAAAAGGCACCUGCAAGGAGAUAAAUAAUAUACAAAGAAAUUUCUUCUGGAAUAAAGAUCAAGACAAACCCAAAGGUCUCUUCUACAUUGCUUGGGAUGUUGUCAACAAACCAAAAGGGCUAGGAGGCCUGGGCUUCAAAAACAUGAAAUACUUCAAUCUGGCUGUGAUUGUUAAAAUUGCUUGGAGAUUGAUAAAAGAACCACACUCUCUGUGUACCAGUACUAUGAAGGAUUCUCACUUCCCAAACAAGGAAGUCAUUAGAAUGGAAACAAAGCCAAAGAAUAUUGAUUCCUGGAUUUGGAAAGGAAUUUUAGAGGGAAUCACCUGCAUUCAAAAGUAUUAUAUCUGGAAAAUAGGGAAUGGCACCAACAUACAUAUCUGGGAAGAUAGAUGGAUAGAAGAUCUACCUGACAUUCUCCAAAAACCUCUUCACUGCCCCUCUAACCUGAAAACUGUUAACCAACUCUUCAAUACCAUUGGGGAAUGGGAUCAUCACAUAAUUUCCCUCUGGUUUCCUCAACAUAUUCAACAACUCAUUCUCCAGACACAUCAUCACCCUAACUCUGUGGACACCAUCCAAUGGAGCUUAACUCAUACUAAAAAAUUCACAGAUAAAUCCCUUUAUGAUAAACAGAUUGAGGAUAAAUAUGCUGGAGAUACUCUUACAGCUCCAUGGGGAGAUAUUUGGAAAUUAGAUACCAACCCAGCCAUCCAACUAUUCAUAUGGAAAUGUGCUCAUGGAAUUCUACCAACAAAUGCCAAGUCUGCUGGUAUCCUAACCUAUAUUGACUCUCUCUGUAAUAUCUGCAAGUGUGCAAAUGAAGACAUUACUCAUGUGCUCCUAGCAUGUCAUGUUGCUUCAGAUGUUUGGAGGAAUCUCUUUGGGGAGAAUCACCAGCUAUUUAUUAAUCACAGAUCUUUUCAUGACUGGUUUAAUAGUUGGUUUUCACCAGAAAAUACCACAACCAGCUGGAACUCUUCUUAUGCUACCAUAUGCUGGUUUAUCUGGAAAGCUAGAUGUGACAAAGUUUUCAGACACAUUGAUCCUAAUGCUGCUGCUACUGCUUUGAAAAUCACUCAACACCUUUGCUCCCAUGACAGGGUUCUGAAAAAACCCAGUCAUAUCUUAAACAAUAUCUACUAUCAAGCUAACAAUGCUGAGGAUAACUUGAGCACUCACACCAGAGGCCAAUGCAUGGGAGCCAGAAAUGUCAAAGACCCAGCAAUUGGACUCAGUAGAUCAAGCAGAGCCUGCAGAGGAGCUCAACUAGCACUGACCUGGGGAAAAGAGAUGAAAAAGACCAACAUCAACUUUGAAGCAGAAGAGGAUGAUAUUCUACAAGCCAUUCACACAGCCUACAAAAUUGCAGUACAACAACGGUUCCAAGAAAACUCUCUGAUUGAAGAUAGGAAGUUAGAAAUUAUCGACUUUGUUUUGGGAAGUCUCACUAAAUUAGAUAGUCGGCAUCAAAACAAUGCUGCCAAACUAGCUAGGAUCACUAGCACUUCUCUUCUAUUCCAGAACAUGAACUGGAAAGGUACCAACUUGCAACUUUUUUGGCAAACUUUACAAUCUAGUCCAAACUCUAUCAUUCAGAAUUACUGUAAUAACUCUUUUAAUCUGGCUAGGGAUCCUCUUGGAGCUAUGAUUAGCUCAGUCGAUUUUCAAACUACUACCGUAGUUUUGGAGUAA